GUCGCAGCGUUUUCUACUUUUCUCGCUCCUCCUCCCCCCUUCGCCUCCUCUCUCUCCCUCUCCUCUCGCUUUCUCUCUCCUGGUUUGUUUUUCGGUUUCUCUCUCCUCCUCGCUACUUCGCCUCCUCCUCCUUCUUCUCCACAGAGCCAGCCGAACCACAGCCAAAUCCCAUCGCGGGAUAACAAACAGGCCAGGGAUUUUUUUUGAUAUUCUGGUGCUGUUUUCCCGAGCUCGGGCGGGGGGACCUAAACACGAGCCGGAGCCGGAACCGGAACCCGCUGCUCGUGGGCGGCUUCCUCGGCCAGUGCCGGUGCCGGCGCACGGCCGCGCCGCGCGAUUCGUCGCGGGCUGAGCUCCGGAUCACCGGAUUCGGGCUCGGGUUGGAGGGGGUCUCGUAGCGGGGCGGCGUCGAGGCGGGGAUGCUCGCUCGUUCCUGCUCGAUUCCGGUGGAUCUCGCGGGCGUGCCCGGGUGAAACGAUGGCGAGGUGAGUAAAAGGAGCGAUCUUGGAGUGGUUGGUGUACGCGGAGAAGGUUUGUCCUCCCAUUGCCUGCGAGGAGGAUGGUGCCAUCGGGGCCGCCGAACCCGAUGGGGCUGGGGCAACCGGUCGGUGCAGCAGCUUCGCUGCUCCGGACGAGCUCCAGCUUGCUCAGUGGUGGUCAGCCGGGAAUGGGUGGUGGCGGAGGCGGUGGCGGCAUGCUUUCUUCGCAGUCACCGUUCUCUUCCCUGGUCUCGCCGCGCACACAGUUUGGCGGUAAUGGCCUGCUUGGAGGUGCCUCUAAUGUCUCCUCCUUGCUCAACCGGCCGUCGUUUGGGAAUGGGGGCUCUAUGCCAGGUGGUGGGAUGCAGAUGAGUACACUCCAGCAGAGAGGGGUGCUUGAUGGUGCCGGCGAUUUUGUUGGUGCGGGUGGGUCAGAUCAUCUCUCGUUCCCAUCCUCCUCGCAGGUUAGUUUUGGCAACCAGAUGGGUUCAGAUAACCUGCAGGGGACUUCGCAGCAGCAGCUGGAUGCUGUGCAGGAUUUGCAGCAGCAGCAGCAGCAACAGCAACUACCAAUGUCUUACAACCAGCAGCAGUUGCCUCCGCAACCGCCCCAGCAGCUCCAGCAGCCGCAAGCUUCAGUGAAGUUGGAGAAUGGAGGCAGCAUGGUUGGCGUCAAAUCAGAACAGCAGAUGGGACAACCUGACCAGAAUGGUUCAACCCAGAUGAUGCGUACUGCUGGCGGUGUGAAACUUGAGCCUCAGCAGUUGCAAGCCCAGAUGAUGAGGAGUUUGGGUGCGGUAAAGAUGGAGCAACCGAGUUCAGACUCAUCAGCAUUCCUGCAGCAGCAACAACAACAGUUGAUGCAACUGACAAAGCAGAUUCGAAAUUGUCCAGACCUUGUAUCAAUGGGUGGACCAAACACCAUUUCAAACCCUCAAGCUGCUGCGGCCGCUCAAUUGAGCCUCUUGCAACAGCAACGGCUCCUGCAUAUGCAGCAGCAGCAGCAGCAACAGAUUCUAAAGAACUUGCCUAUGCAGAGAAAUCAGUUGCAGCAACAGCAGCAGCAGCAACAGCAACAGCAACAGCAGCAGCAGCAGUUGCUUCGGCAACAGAGUCUAAACAUGAGAACUCUUGGAAAGCCAGCUCCUUAUGAGCCAGGAACCUGUGCAAAGAGAUUGACCCAUUACAUGUAUCAUCAACAAAAUCGACCACAAGAUAACAAUAUCGAGUACUGGAGAAACUUUGUCAAUGAGUAUUUUGCUCUGAAUGCAAAAAAGAGGUGGUGUGUAUCUCUGUAUGGAAGUGGUCGUCAAACUACUGGAGUUUUCCCUCAGGAUGUAUGGCACUGUGAGAUUUGCAAUAGGAAACCUGGCCGUGGCUUUGAGACAACAGUUGAGGUACUACCGCGAUUAUGCCAAAUAAAAUACGCCAGUGGUACGCUUGAAGAACUUUUGUACAUCGACAUGCCACGUGAGUCCCAGAAUGCAUCUGGUCAGAUUAUUUUGGACUACACGAAAGCAAUCCAGGAAAGUGUCUUUGAGCAAUUGCGUGUGGUACGUGAGGGGCAUCUAAGGAUAGUUUUUAAUCCAGACCUCAAGAUUGCUUCUUGGGAGUUCUGUGCUAGGCGCCAUGAGGAGCUUAUUCCACGGAGAUCUAUAAUACCGCAGGUUAGUAAUCUCGGCACGGUUGUACAAAAGUACCAGACUGCAGUCCAAAAUUCAACGAGUUUGUCAGCUCAGGAAAUGCAGAAUAAUUGCAACUCGUUUGUUGCUUCUGCUCGUCAAUUGGCUAAAGCACUGGAGGUGCCUUUGGUAAAUGAUUUAGGAUACACAAAACGAUAUGUCCGCUGCCUUCAGAUUGCAGAGGUGGUUAACUGUAUGAAGGAUUUGAUUGAUCACAGCAGGCAGACUGGAUCUGGACCGAUUGAUAGCUUGCAUAAGUUUCCCCGGAGGACUCCUUCAGGGGUCAACCCUCUUCAACCACAGCAGCAACAACCUGAGCAGCAGCAGACUAUUCUCCAGAGUUCAAACCAGAGUGGUCAAAAUUCUGCUCCUAUGACCGGCGUGCAGGCUUCUACCUCUGCCAAUGGUGAUGCGGCAUUAAAUAAUUCUCUCAAUUGUGCACCUUCUACAUCUGCGCCUUCUCCAUCUGUCGUUGGGCUCUUGCAAAGUUCAAUGAAUUCUAGACAAGAUCACCCAAUGAGCAGCACUAAUGGUGGUACAUAUAACGGUGGAGGCAAUGCGACCAUUCCCAAGGUGAACUCAACAAGCUCACUGCAGUCAAAUCCGUCUACCUCUUACCCUUCCCCGAUACCCACAACAUCCAAUAACAUGAUGCCUGCCCCUCAAAACACAAACCAACUAAACUCCCCAACUACAUCAUCAAGCAUACCUCCGAUGCAGCCACCUGCUACUCGACCUCAGGAGCCCGAGCCAAGUGAGUCCCAAAGUUCGGUUCAGAGGAUCUUGCAGGAGAUGAUGAUGUCAUCGCAGAUGAACGGUAUUGGCCAGUCAGGAAAUGAUGCAAAGAGACCAAAUGGACUAACCCCUGGUGUUAAUGGGGUUAAUUGCUUAGUUGGCAAUGCCGUCACAAAUAACUCGGGAAUGGGAGGAAUGGGGUUUGGGGCCAUGGGCGGGCUUGGUCAUGGGAUGAGAGGGGCAAUGUCAAACAAUGCAAUGGCAAUGGGUGGAAGGAUGGGAAUGAAUCACAGUGCACAUGACCUAUCACAGUUGGGCCAACUACAUCAGCAGCAGCAGCAGCAGCAGCAGCAUGACAUAGGACACCAGCUAUUGGGUGGACUUAGAUCAGCAAACAGCUUCAAUAACAUCCAAUAUGAUUGGAAACCCUCACAAUAGAGUGGCCAGAAACCAUAAAGUUCAAUUUGAUGAUGCAUCUGCCCCCACUGGGCUCGUUGCUUAUGGAGCAUCAGUUAUGGUGCCAUAACCUCCCCUGGUUUAACAGCAUUUGGGCUUUUUGCCCUAAUGCUGCCAUGAAAGGGUAUCAUAAGCGUCAACAAGCAUCCGAGCUGGUACAUGUAAGUCUGUAACUAUCCAUGGUGCUGUAUCCUCGUGUGUUACCCCCCCAGUUUUCCAAUGUUUGUCGAUUUUAUCGGGAGUUGCAGUUUCACAAUGUCACAUUGUUUGUCCACUCUUUACUCGUCCUUUAAUGUUAUGAAAAAGGUUAAGUAGCUGUAGCAUGUUAUUAAUA